CCAAGUACUACCACAUCAUACCAGCUGAAGCUAGUAAAACAGUGGUACUAACAGCAUGGUCUUCUCGUGGCACUCCGCCGUAACGUCGACUGCCACGAUGGAGUCCAGCACCGAGAUGGCCUUCGCCGCCAUGGACUCGUCCCAAGAAUCGGGCGCCGACGAGGUGGCGGCUCUGCAGCUGCUGCCGCGCCAAUCCUCGAGAUUCAAGGGCGUCGUGCCGCAGCCGAACGGCCGCUGGGGCGCGCAGAUCUACGAGCGCCACGCGCGGGUGUGGCUCGGCACGUUCCCUGACGAGGAAACCGCCGCGCGCGCCUACGAUGUGGCCGCGCUCCGCUACCGCGGCAGGGAAGCCGUCACCAACUUCCCUGCGGAGUACGCGCCCGAGGGCGAGCUCGCCUUCCUGGCCGCGCACUCCAAGUCCGAGAUCGUAGACAUGCUACGCAAGCACACCUACGCCGACGAGCUGCGUCAGGGCCUGCUCCGCGGUCGCGGUACGGCCGCGCGCGCGCAGCCGACGCCAUCGUGGGCACGGCAGCCGCUCUUCGAGAAAACCGUGACGCCGAGCGAUGUUGGCAAGCUGAACCGCCUCGUCGUGCCCAAGCAGCAUGCCGAGAGGCACUUCCCGCUGAAGCGGGCGCCGGAGACGGCUACCGGCAAGGGCGUGCUCCUCAACUUCGAGGACGGCGAGGGAAAGGUGUGGCGGUUCCGGUACUCGUACUGGAACAGCAGUCAGAGCUACGUGCUCACCAAAGGCUGGAGCCGCUUCGUCCGGGAGAAUGACAUCCAAGCCGGCGACACCGUGGCCUUCUCCCGGUCGACGUAUGGGCCGGAGAAGCAGCUGCUCAUCGACUACAGGAAGAAGCCCGAGAAGCAGGAUGAAGGCACGGCCGAUGCGAUUACAGUUGAGGCCCGUGUCGUCAAGCUGUUCGGCGUUGACAUUGCCGGAGGGGGGCGAGACGCCGGUGAAGGGCAUGCAUGGAGAGUUCAUGAAGAGGUUUCCACUGGUUUGGGGCAGUCUCUCCGAGAAGUUCAUGAUCAGCAACACUCCCUUAUUCAAGGAAUAUUCUUUGGUUAGUUCAUAUAUCGAUGAUGUCAUUACUGCAGAAAACGUGAUCACUGUCGAUUCAAGAAAUGUGAUCACUGUCAGUUUUAAUUACUACCAUAGUCGGUUCAGGACCCAACUAUGAUUAUAUCUGAUUAUCCAGUCGCUUCAGAACCCGACUGUGAUAACAUUUCUAAGCCGACUAUAAGAGCCAUGGCUGUUGUAGUGCAUAGAACUUGAUCAGUAGUGUCCCUCUAGUUCACGCUGAGCAUUCCUUGUUUUACACAUACUAAAAGAAGUGCUAAUAUCUUA